AUGGGUGGUUGGAGCAAUGAGUCAUUUACAAUGUUAUUGAAAAUGUUAAAAGAGGAGUUGUUGCCAGAUGGAGCAGAUUUACCAAAUUCAUAUUAUGAGGCAAAAAAGGUAAUUCGGGACCUUGGGCUUUCCUACCACAAGAUUGAUGCUUGCGUAAAUGAUUGCAUGUUAUACUGGAAGGAGGAUAAUUUACUUGAUUCUUGUAAAGUUUGUGGUGCGUCCAGAUGGAAAAUAGAAAAACACAGCGGGGAAGCAAAGAAUAGAAAAGGUAAAAAGAUAGCAUCAAAGACUUUACGCUAUUUUUCGUUAAAGCCCAGGCUUCAAAGGUUGUUUAUGUCUACAAAGACAUCUUCUCUAAUGACAUGGCAUCAUGAUGAAAGAGUUGAUGAUGGAAUAAUGAGGCACCCGGCUGAUUCAAUGGCAUGGAAAUCAUUUGAUGAGCUUCAUCCCUCAUUUACGGCCGAGCCUCGUAAUGUUCGACUUGGACUUGCUAGUGAUGGAUUUCAGCCAUUUCGAAAUUCAAAAACCUCAUAUAGCAUUUGGCCAGUGUCCGGAGAUGCAAUUGACAUAUAUCUGCAGCCCUUGAUAGAAGAACUGAGGGAGUUAUGGGAAUUUGGUAUAGAGACUUUUGAUGCAUCAACUAGACAGAAUUUCAAGUUACGUGCUUCUUUGUUAUGGACCAUCAAUGACUUUCCAGCAUAUGGCAAUUUAUCCGGAUGGAGUACAAAAGGGAAAUUGGCAUGCCCGUGUUGCAACAAAGAUACUUACUCAAUCAGAUUGGCUAAUAGUAAGAAACAGUGUUUUAUGGGUCAUCGGUGUUACCUUCCUCUUAAUCACAAAUGGAGGAAUGAUAGGGCAUCAUUUGAUGGUACAAAAGAGAAAAGGCUUCCACCAAAAAUGCGUUCUGGUGUUGAGAUACUUAAUCAAGUACAGGAUCUUGAAGGUUUUCAUUUAACAAAGGAUCCAAAGAAAAGGAUCAAGAUAUCACAUGAUGGCCGAAAGGAUAAUUGGAAUAAGAAGAGUAUCUUUUUUGAACUUCCGUAUUGGAAAUCUCUCUUGUUGCGGCAUAAUUUGGAUGAUAUGCAUAUCGAGAAAAAUAUAUGUGAUUAUAUUUUGGGGACGAUCAUGAAUGCCAAAGGAAAGACCAAGGACACCAUUAAUACUCGACUAGAUUUGCAAGAAAUGAACAUUAGGUCAGAAUUGCACCCUAUCAAAAAAGGAGAAAAAUAUGAAAUUCCAACAGCUUGUUACACAUUAUCUCCUCAAGAAAAGCACAACUUAUGUCUAUUUUUAAAGAAUUUAAAAGUCCCAAAUGGAUUUUCAUCUAAUAUUUCUCAGUGUGUUAACUUGAAAUAUCACAAGAUUUUUGGCUUAAAGAGUCAUGAUUGCCAUGUUCUUUUACAGCAUUUACUCCCUCUUGCGCUACGUGGUAUGUUGUCCAAAACAGUUUGUGAACCCCUUGUUGAGUUGUGCUUAUUUUUUAAUGUGCUUGGAGCAAAGCUAAUGAAGCUAAGCUUCUUUGGACCGGUUCAGUAUCGGUGGAUGUAUCCUAUAGAGCGAUGGUUAUAUUUUUUGAAAUCUCUCAUUGGUAAUAAGGCGUGUCCAGAAGGUUCUAUUGCAGAAGGUUACCUUGCAAAUGAAUGUAUGACCUUAUGUUCGAGGUAUCGCAUAGAAUUGACACAAAGUUUAAUCGGCGGAGAACGAAAUUAUGAUGGUGGUUUACCAAAGUCCGAUGGAGGUCUAUCUCUAUUUUGUAAAUACGGAAAAACUUUAGGAGCUCCAAAACAGUGUGAUAUUGAAGCAGAUGAAUUGGAGCAAGCACAUAUAUACAUACUGAAGAAUUGUGAUGAAGUUCUACCAUUUCUAGAAGAGUUUGCACAAAUUCAUGUAGAUGUUACUCAACACUUGUCCGAUGCAGAAUGGAAUAGACAGUUUAUUGAAUGGUUUAAAGAUAGGGUUGCACAAUUGCAUAAAGGAGAUAAUAGUCGGAUCAUGGAAGAUCUCCUCGCACUUUCACGUGGUCCUACCCCAUAUGUGUUACGUUAUAAUGGCCACAUUGUUAAUGGAUAUAGAUUUCAUGUAGAAGAUUAUGAUAAACAUUUAAGGACUCAAAAUUAUGGUGUGGUUGUUGUCGGUGAGAUUGAUGAACAUAGGGAGAAUAUUGAUUACUGUGGAGUUUUAACCGAUGUUCUUGAAUUGCAAUUCACGGGAAGGAGAGUGAUUUUGUUUGAAUCGGACCAAGGAUCUCAAGUAUUUUAUGCUAGUGAUAAUUCCAAUAAGGGUUGGCGUGUCGUGAGAAAGACGCAACCUCGUGAUUUUUUUGAGGUUGUGCAAAAAUUGGAUGAUGAUGUUGUAGAUUUAGAAAAUCCUACACAAAAUAAGCGAAAAAGAACGACUGAGGUGAAGUUUGAUAUUCAACCAUCAAAGAAUGAAAAUGAGGUUGAAUCCACUGUGAAAGCUACUGAAUAUGUGUUUGUUACACCAG